AUGGAGCCCAAGAGGAAGCGCGGGCCGAGCGCCUGGCGCAGGUCUGGCGCCGCGGGAGAGGGCACCGAGCCGCCGCUGUCGGAGAGCGCUCAGUACUUGCAGCGAGAAUACAAACUGCUCUCGGAGCAGCUGGACGCCUGCCAGGAGCGCGUCUCCCAGGUGCUGCAGGAGAACGCCUUCCUGGACUGCGAGGCGCAGCGCCUGCGCGAGGAGAGCCGGCUCUACGCCAGCUACGUGAGCGCGCGCGCACAGCGCUGCGCCGACGCUGCCGUCCGGCUGGAGGAGCAGAACCGCGUGGACCUGAUGCAGAUCCACUGGCAAAGCUCAGAGCUGGCGUCGCUCUACCGCGGGCGUGAGGAGGGGUUGUACGCGCAGCUGCUGGAGAUGGAGGCGCGCGCGGCGCAUAUGGCGCGACAGGUGCAGGAGCUGCAGCCCUACAAGGAGCUGCAGAUGGAGCAGCUGGCCCGGAUCCAGGCGCUGGAGCGCGAGCUGCUGCAUAUGCGCGUGGAGCACCUGCAGCUGCUCCACCGCGUGAAGCGGCGUUUCCUGGAGGACAAAGCAGCCUUCGAGCGCGAGGCGCGCCAGCGCGUGCAGUCCCUGGCGCGGCGCGCGGAGCGGGAGGCGGCGCGCGCGCUCAUCGCGCACACACAGGCCGUCAGAGAGGAAAACGGGCGCAUGCGGCAGGAGCUGCUGCGGCUGCUCCGCCGGGCCCAGGUGCUGCACGACACGCGGCGCCAGUUGCUGGAGCAGCGUGACCUGCUGCGGCGCGAGCACGAGGACAUGCGGGACCUGGCGCGCGUGCACAGCUGGCUGCGCCGGGGCCCCGAGGGCCCGCCGCUUUGGCAACCGCCGCUGGCCGCCUCGCACCCCGAGUCCUUCGCCUGCACCACGAUCCAGUCGCGCGCGACCUCCCGGCUCCCAUCUGUCUCUGCCUCCCAGAACCCCUCUCAGGUCUCGCGGCGCGCGGCCUCUUGGGCCCCAUCGUUGCUGUCGAAGCUCGCGGUUCCCUGGGUCCCGUCAUUGGUCCCAUCGCGUGUUGGCUCCAGGGUCCUGUCGCUGGCCCCUUCGAAGGCGGGAUCACGGGUCCCAUGCCAGGACCCAUCGCACGCGAGCUCCAGGGUCCCGUCCUUGACCCUGUCGCGCCCAGGCUCCCGAGUUCCGUUCCCGACCCCGUCACGCCUGGAUUCCUGGGGCCCUUCGCAGUCCUCCUUGCGUGCCGCCUCACAGAACACCACCCUCUCUGGGAAGCCCGUCCCCGGGUCGGACUCUUCCCGUCUCCCGGUCGAAAGAGGCCGUGAAUGUGACGCUGCAGGCGAAGGCGCCUUGGGGAGAUCCUGA